AUGAAAAUAUCACUGUUGCUACAGCUUUCUUUCAUCACCAUGCUGGUGGUGUUUCUGAUUGAUUCUCCAGUGUAUGGUCAUUGUUUGGGCGAUCAAAAGGCGUUGUUGCUUAAACUCAAGAAUGGUCUUACAUUCGAUUCUUCUAGGUCAACCAAAUUGGUCAGAUGGAGUCAAAACACUGACUGUUGCCAAUGGCCAGGUGUAAGUUGUGAUCAGAAAGGUCAUGCACUUGUUUUGGAACUGGACAGCGAAGCAAUUUUCAGCGGACUUGAGAAUCCCAACCAGUCUAUUCGAUCUUCAAUUCCAAUGGAAUUGUCAAGAUUGACGAAGUUAAUGUUUCUUGACCUUUCUAAUGUCGCGUUAAAGCUUGAGAGAGGAGAUCUGCAGACACUGGUUGGAAACCUGGCAAAUCUUAGAGAACUUUAUCUUGAUGAAGUGUACAUAUCAUUGAAGAGGAUUGGGUGGUGCUCAACCUUAUCUUCAUCUCUGCCUCAGUUAAGAGUGUUAAGCAUGACAGAUUGUGGCAUUUCAAGCCCUUUUGAUCCCGUCCUCUUAAAUCUUCAUUUCCUUUCAGUCAUUCGUCUUGAUGGCAACAACUUGUCCAGUAUAGUUCCUGAACUUCUAGCAAAUUUUACAAAACUGACGAACCCUCAGUCUCAGUAA